AUGGCCUUGUCUGGGUUCUGGCUUGGUAAUAAAAAUUAUGGAAUGACCCGUUCUACAUCUGACAAUGCGUUUCUUACAGAAGAUGUGGCUUAUCUUCUUGCUGUAUAUACUAUAUUUCUGCCAUUGCAUCGAAUAUACUUGCAGACUGACCAGAACUUCAGGUUAGAGAACUACCAGCGUGUCCAAGCCGUACAUUUUGCUGUGGAGGAAAUUAACAAAAACCUAGAUUUCUUGCCAAACGUGACCAUAGGAUUCCAGAUCUUUGACUCUUGCACAGUUCUCCAGAGAGCAAUAUCAGGAGCCCUGCAGCUGUUGAGUGGAUAUGGAAGACCAUUGCCGAAUUAUCAAUGUAGGCAGGAUGCCCGUUUGGCUGCAGUUAUUGGACAUUCUAUAUCUACAUACACAAUCUUACUAGCUCAUGUACUAGGGCUAUACAGAUAUCCACAGAUCAGUCACUUUUCCACAAGUUCUCUCCUCAGUAACCACGUUCAGUUCCGCUCAUUCUUUCGAACAGUUCCCAGUGAUGCCUUCCAGUCUCGUGGCCUAGCACAGCUGGUGUUGAACUUUGGAUGGACCUGGAUUGGUCUAGUGGCCAUCGAUAAUGACUAUGGGCAGCAAGGAAUCCAAAUGAUCAAGAGGGAUAUAAUAAAAGCUGGGGCUUGUUUGGCCUUCACGGAGAAUAUAGUCUCCAGUCGACAAGAUCGAAACGCCCCACACAUUGCUCGGGUGGUUAAAGACUCAUCGGCCACAGCAGUGGUCAUCUUCUCUACUGAUAUAGACUUAGCCUAUGUGCUGGAUGAGAUGUUGCGGCAGAAUAUCACAGGGAAGGUUUGGAUUGCCAGUGAAGCUUGGGCUACUUCGCCUUUCUUAUCAGUACUUAAAUAUUCAAGACUUCUUUUUGGGACAAUUGGUUUUGCCCUUCAUAGUGGCACUAUGCCAGGAUUUGGAGAUUUCCUCAAUAGGAUCAAUCCAUCCAUGGUCGUAGGAAGGGAAUGGAUAAAAAUAUUCUGGGAAGAAGUGUUUGGAUGCAAAUUCCUUGAUGAAAAAAUUCCCAAAGUCCUUUCAAACUCAUCGCUAAAAGAAUGCACAGGUCAAGAAAGUCUGGAGAAUAUCCGAGAACAGUACAAUGACAUCUCUGGUCUGAGGGUAACAUACAACAUCUAUACAGCAGUUCUUGUGAUAGCAAAAGCUCUGCAUGAUUUAAGUAAAUGCAAGAAUGGAGAUGGACCAUUUCUCAAUGGAACAUGUGCUGAUAUUGAGAACUUCAAGCCAUGGCAGGAGAGUUUCACCUUGGCACCCAUACUGGUCCAGCCUGAUGUUUCUCAACCUUUUAUUGUGGAGGUUGAUGCAUCGGAGGAAUCUGUAGCUUUUCCUUUCAGCUGUCCUCUGUCAGCUACUCCCAGCUACUAUAUAUUCUCCCUCUCUGCUUCCCAUGUUGCAAGAUAUAGACCUUCCUUCCAGAACUUCUAUUCUGACCUCAGGUGGACAAUUGUUGCUGUGGAGCCGUUGGAACUGGAGCUGUUGGAUCUCCGGUUCAAUCAUGUGGUUGUCUUGCUUCAGCUGUUACAUUACGUGAAGAAGUUACGUCUGAGCAUGUCCAGUGGAAGACAACUCUUCUUCGAUGAGAAUGGAGAUCCACCUGCCGCAUACGAUAUAGUGAACUGGCAUCUCAGCCCAGAAGGAAAACUCCAGCAGGUCAAAGUGGGAAGUUAUGACACCAGUAUAACCAGUGGAAACGUCUUCAUUAUUAAUACCAGCCAUGUGCAAUGGGGAACUAAAGACCACGGGGUACCUGUUUCGGUUUGCAGCCCAAGUUGUCCAACAGGCUUCAGGAAAGCAGCCAGUGUAGGCAAACCUUUGUGCUGUUUCCAGUGCUUACGAUGUCCAUCUGGAGAGAUAUCCAACAAAACGGAUGCAAUACAAUGUACCAAAUGCCCAUGGGAUACGUGGCCAAAUCCAACCCAUGAUCAUUGUGUUCCAAAGACUAAAGAAUACCUUUCAUAUGAAGAUCCUCUAGGCAUAACUUUAACGGCAACAAGUAUCUCCUCUUCAUUGGUUCCUGUGGCGAUUUUUGGACUUUUUAUUCACUACAGAACAACACCCAUUGUUCGAGCCAAUAAUUACUCCUUAAGUUGUCUUCUCCUGUUGUCAUUAUUGCUCUGUUUUCUUUGCUCUUUAGUCUUCAUUGGUUAUCCCCAUCAUGAGAAAUGUCUUUUGAGGCAAGUGACUUUCGGUGUUGUAUUUUCACUUUGUGUCUCCUGCAUCUUGGCCAAAACCAUUAUGGUUGUCUUAGCUUUUAAGGCCACAAGACCUGAUAGUCAGCUAAGAAAAUGGACUAGCCCACGUGUAUCAUAUCUCAUAGUCAUCUCAUGUAUUAUUAUUCAGACCUUUCUUUGCAUUAUGUGGUUGUCAUUCUCUCCUCCCUUUUUAGAAGUCAAAUCAGAAACUAAUUCGGCAGUACUAAUUAUUGAGUGUAAUGAAGGUUCCUCUUUGGCUUUUUGGAGUAUGCUUGGGUACCUUGGUCUCCUGGCCUUCAUUAGCUUCAUUGUUGCAUUCUUGGCCAGGAGACUUCCAGACAACUUCAAUGAGGCCAAGUUUAUCACCUUCAGCAUGUUGGCAUUUCUAAGUGUCUGGAUGUCCUACAUCCCAGCAUCUCUCAGUUCACGAGGGAAAUAUAUGGUGGCCAUGGAGAUCUUUGCUAUCCAAUCAUCAACCUGGAGUCUGGUGAUUUGCAUGUUCCUUCCAAAAUGUUUUAUUAUUGUAUUUAGACCCAGCAUGAACUCAAGAGAGAAACUGAUGGAGAAACCAAAAAUGUGA